AUGAAGAGUUCUGCUACUAAUGCUAGUAGGAGGUUAACACCUAUCAAGGUGAGAAGUAUAAAUGACACUUGUCAAGGUGAAAAUUGUUUUCUUUCAGUUCCAGUAAUUUAUCCAUCAAUAAGUAAUGGGAAUAAUUUACAUAUUCCAAAUACAAGAAAUAGGAGUAAGACAUUGGGUGUACCUUCUCCAUUUCCAUCCUCACUUUCAUUAGUCCAAAAAUCAACUCGUUCGAAUUCUUUAGAACUUGAAAAUAUUCAAACAUCAACAUUUCACGGAUUGACAACUCCACAAAGUCAAUUAAUGAAAGUAUUGUAUUUGAGUGAGAAGGAUACACCAACAGAAGAGUCAACUGAAGCAAUUCCGCAACCAAAGAAAGAGUCAAAUCAUCAUUUGACAGUUGAUACCUUUGUAAAUUCCUCAGCUUCUUCAAGUAGUUGUGACAGUUUUCUUUCAUUAACAUUUUCAUCAAAUCCUCAAACUCCAACCAUUCCUGAAAAUCAAGAACCUCAAUCACCAAAAGAGGAUGCAUCCGACCAAGUAAUUAGUGAAGGACAAAUCAUUUCGAGUAUAUUUGUGGAGAUUGUUCGAUAUUUGAUUUUACCAUUCUUUGAUUUUCUCAUUUAUCUGAUUGGAUUCAUGCUCAACCAAGAUGAUACUCCAACUAUUCAUGUUAUUAAGGCAAGUGGAUCGAAUUGUUCAACAAAAAAACUUUCGAAUAAUGUUGGUGAUUUGCUUCAUAAUCACUUUAAUCCUCCACGUAUUUCUGGAGAAUUGUCUGAUAAGAAAUUUGUAAAAGAAAUUUCUUUUCAAAUUCCUGAGACAAAGGAAGAGGAAUCACUUUUCCAAUUCAAUCUAUUCCAACAUAUUUCACAUAUUAGAAAUAGUUUGUUUGGAUGGCUCUCCACUCACAACAAAACACUCUUUACAAGAAAUGGAAAGAGUUGCAGAGCUUUGGUUAGAAAUGAAGUGAAACAUUUGAAUACUUUGGCAACCUGUGAGUUUUCCCAAGCGAAGAGUCUAACAGAUCUGAUUGAAUAUUGGAAAAAGUCUAUGAAUUGA